UUGAAACGCUUGUUCUUCCGGACCGGUCAGUCGCUCGCUGUUAGUCGUACAGAAUUAGCUCGCUAUGUUUGUUUGGUGGUAGUAUUUGUUAUAACCAUGGUACGCAUUCGGAACGCAUAAUGUUUUACGGUCUAUUCUGGCCGCGUGAACUGGAACGGAUAUAUCGCUGAAACUGACAGUUCGUAAAACGUAAACAGUUCGAAAUAGCGUGCGCGGACGCCCGAUUUGCCAACGAGCUGUGCGUAAAUCACUCCGUUAGAAAAUUACCGCGAGAACAACAUUAUGAACUGCAUUAGCGGUCAUUAAUUUGAUUUUUAAGAUGUCCGCGACAAUUUAUAGCGAUGUUGUUAACGGUGCUUUAAGAACAAAAAGCAGCAGCGAUCUAUAUGGCCUGUCAUAGAUAUCCAUGGGCUAGCGACUGUAAUAUGCAAAAAUAGGAGUUUCUUGAAAAGAACAGUGAGAAGAUGAUCCAGAAACCUGAAGAAUGAAACCUAAUGAAGAUACUGAAGGAGAAAGAGUUCUGAUGGAGGUGAAAGAGGAACAUAAAAACGUGAAUGAGGUGGAGGAGGAGCAACAUCAUCACUCCAUCACUGGGGAAAUACCUUUAACUUUCUCACAAAAGACAACCAAAAUCAAGAAAUCUUACAUCUGCCCUCAGUGCGGAAAGACUUUUGCAGGUAAAUCACGACUCGAGCGCCACAUUAGAAUUCACACCGGAGAGAAACCGUUUACAUGUCUCGUGUGCGCGAAGAGUUUCGCGUGUAAAGAAAGACUUGACAGACACAUAAAAAUCCACACCGGAGAAAAGCCUUUCACGUGUGAAUGGUGCGGAAAGCGUUUGGCGUGUAAAACAAGACUCAAGAGGCAUGUGAUAACCCACACUGGAAGCAAGCCUUACGCAUGCUUGCAUUGCGGAAAGAGCUUCACGACGAACACAAACCUACAGCGGCAUGUCAAACUCCACACUGGAGAAAGGCCGCACACAUGCCAAGAGUGUGGGAAGAGCUUCAUACGCAAAGAAAAACUCCGGUUUCACAUGACCAUCCACACUGGAGAGAGGCCUUACAGUUGUGAACAAUGCGGGAAGAGUUUCCGACAUGUCAACGGUCUCAAAGAUCACCAGCUCUCUCACGCCGAAGUGAGGUCUUUUAGCUGUGAUCAGUGCGGUAAGGAUUUUAUUACUCCGUCUGCAUUGAAGAGACACUUGAAAGUUCAUUCAGGUGAGAAGCCUUACUUGUGUUCUCUGUGUGGAAAGAGUUUUGCACGGGUGGACUGUUUCAAAAGGCAUCAGGAGGUCCAUAGUGGUGUGAAGGAUCAUGUGUGCUAUGAGUGCGGGAAGGCUUUUAUUACAUCCGACCAACUCAAGCAGCACCAGAGGAUUCACACUGGAGAAAAACCUUACAAGUGCUCACUUUGUGGAAAGAGCUUUGCUCAGUCGCCGCACCUGAAGGCACACGAGAGCAGCCACACCACUGAGAGCCAUCUGGUAAUAAGCAAUGAAGUCAUCUACUGACUGAAGUGAAAAAGCACCAUACAAACAUAUCUUCAGGUUCAUGUGGAAUUUGAAUCCCAAACGGAGUAAGAGGCGCUUUUUGGUUUAAACAAAACCUUUGGUUUCAACACUAAAUCUGAAUACUGUACUAAAUAAACUGUUCUUUUACCAGGUACUGUGCAUUUGUCUUCAUUAAAAAUCACAUGACCAAAUGACAACUCAUUUUAUUUUCUAACACUGGAUGAAAAUAAUCAGGGGUGUUAUUCCAUUUUCAGUUAAAGGAUUUGUUGAUUUUCAAUAAUGUCUUCUUAAAUGUUGAUGAAUUGUGACUGUUUUGAUUGUUGAAUUGAUUUAUGGAUAAGCACCCAGAUAGCAAAGAUUGCUUGAUCUGGAAAGCAUCUGCUGUGUACAAACAUCUGACAGAUGUCUGUAAGAUCUCAGUUUUAUAUACAUUCUAAAUCAUAAACAUUUUAAAGAUAUUUAACAAAUGUCCAUUUGACAUCUGAUUGGAAAUGUCCUAUAAACGUAUUGCAGAUGAUCAAA